UGCCAACGUUUCAUUGAAGCUUUUCCGGAGAGCUGUUGCGAGUUAUUGAAGAUGGAGCAGUUAAAUUUAGGAAAUGAAGGAGGAAAAUCUUCAAGAAGGAGAUUGUCAUCGAUUUUAAAAGUUUCUCGGACAUCUAUGAGAGAACCUGGAGCUGAACAAGAGGUGCAACAGGAGGAAAUCACGAAGCCUAUUGAGAAGAAGAGGAAUUCACGGAGAGUGAGUUUUGCAGCUACAAAAAACGUCCGUGUUUUUUCAAAAGAUGCAAAGGGUGAAUCUCCUGUUCUGGCAACCGCACAAAACACAACUGUUGGAGAACACAGACAAGAUGAAAAGAUUCUGCGUUUUGUUGACGAGGGAAAUCAAAUCAAAGGCCUGGACACUUUGUUGAACACUCCUCUUUAUGUAUCCCAACAUCUGAGCAGAGAAAAUUUCUUCUCAGAUCCUGUCCUCCAAGAUGACUGUGUGGAUAGGACGAUGUUGCUUGGAGAAGAUACCGGAUACAUGGAUAUGACGCACAGUCACACAAUCAUGAUUGAUAAGGAUUAUGAAAACGAUGAGAUGAACCCAAAUUUUGGUCUCAAAGUGACUCAGAAGAUAACUGGGGGUCAGAUUGUUGUUGCCGGUCAGAAGGGUUUGUCAUGUGACACAAAAGUUGAGCCUAAAAAUCCAGCCAUGGACUCAGACUUCAACGCUUUUCUCGCCAGCAUAUCGCUACCCACUGUGAAAAAUACUGUGCAAAAGAAAGAGCGUGGCGGUUUAAUCUGUUCAGCCAAUACAAGCACAUCAGAAAUUGAUAAGGAGAAUCAGUUGCCGCCAUUUUUAAUUAAGCAAGUUCAGCCUUCCAUUGGCAGGGGUAACCCACAACUACUACCACAGGGACUUCAGCGUAGACGUUCCCGUGUUGCAUUUUCUGAAGACGAUGAUAUGGAAACGACUAAAAGUCACACUGUUGUGAUCGAAAACAAAAGUAACGAUCAACCUGUUCUGUCUUUUGUUUCUGGAAAUAAUGCAAGUAUCGCGUUUUCACGCGAAGAUGACAUGGAGCUCACUCAAAGCCAGACUGCUGCUAUCAAUGUUAGGCUUACAGGAAAUAUCAGUAGCAAUGUCCAAACUGCUCUAGAUCAAAAUAGAUCCCAUUAUUUCUCAGAGAAUGACGAUGCAAUGGACAUGACAGGGACAUUUGAUCUAUCCCGUCGAGAAAAUGAAUAUACAGUCAGUAUGAAAAAGGAAGCUCCUAUUUCCAAAGCAAGCAAAAUGUCCUCCUUCAGUGUGUUUGGAAAUGGAGAGAUGAUGGGUCGUAACGAACCAAAUUUCUCAAUGGUCCAAACUGCUAAUUCCGAUGAAAUGGAAAUGACUGAGGCUUUGGAUGUACCCGUUCAAGAACAAGAGCACACAGCCCGUAUGAAAAAUGAAUCACUGUUUUCCAGCGUAAGCAAGAAGACCUCCAUUAAUGUGUUUGGAAGUGGAGAGAUAAUGGAUCACAACAAAUCUGGCCAUUUUUCCAUAGCCCAGACUGUUAAUUCUGAUGAUAUGGAGAUGACACGGUGUCAAACGAUUGUUCUCGAGGCCAAACAGAUCAGUGGAGACCAACCAUUGAGCAACUCAAGGAAGAGUUUUCCUCAUGCAGCAAGUAUAAAUGAGAGAGCUCUGUUUCAAAUUCACAAACCAAGUAAGAUGUCCUCAAAUAAUGGGAUUAGUAAUGAAGCGAAAAUGGAUCGAAACAAUCUCUCAAUAGCCCAAACAACUAAUUCUGAUGAUAUGGAGAUGACACAAUGUCAAACUAUUGUUCUCGAGGCCAAACAAAUCAGUGGAGACCAACCAUUGAGCAACUCAAGGAAGAGUUUUCCUCAUGCAGCAAGUAUAAAGGAGAGAGCUCUGCUUCAAAUUCACAAACCAAGUAAGAUGUCUUCCAAUAAUGGGAUUAGUAAUGAAACGAUAAUGGAUCGAAACAAUCUCUCAAUGGCCCAAACAACUAAUUCUGAUGAUAUGGAGAUGACCGAAGCGUUAGAAGUGUCUGUUCAGGACAGUUUUUCCCAAAUUAGCAAGAAGUCUUACUUUAAUCUGACUAAAAAUGCAGAGAUAAACAAGUCUUACCAUCUUCCCAUUGCCCAAACUGCCGAUUCUGAUGAUAUGGAGAUGACACGAUGCCAAACGAUCGUUCUCGAAGCCGAGCAGUUCAGUGGAGACCAACCAUUGAGCAAAUCAAGGAAGAGUUUCUCCGAUAAUAUUGUUAGAAAGGAAGAGUUUAUGAAUCAAAAUAAAUCAGGCAAUCUCUCAAUAGCUCAAGAUAUUAAUUCUGAUGACAUGGAGAUGACAGAGGCUUUAGAAGUGUCGGUUCAAGACAAAGAAUAUACAGUCAGUGAGAAGGAGAAAAUGUCGCUUCAAUCUUCCAAAAUAAGCAAACGGUCCUUUAAUCUGACUGGAAAUGUGGAGGUGAUAGAUCAAACUGCUAAUAUUGAUGAUAUGGAGAUGACACAGUGCCAAACUGUCAUCCUCGAGGCCAAACAGUUUAGUGGAGACACCUUACGAAGAAGUUUGGUAACUAAAAGCAGCGAUGGGAUGGACAUGACUCAAGCAUUCACUGGGCGUAUCGUACUGAACCCCCAUUCGACCUCCAAGAAAGUAAAACAGCAAAGUAUUUUGUUGCCAACUUCAAAGCAUAAUCUAAGUGACUCUAUGAACAAGACAGGUGAACCCAGUACCUUCGCUGGAAUUGCUCCCCCAAGUCCUGAUGAAAUGGAGCUGACCGGAUGCACGACUGUUAACAUCGACUCAAAUCCCACCUGGCUAGCAAGUGCUGCCGAUACAACCUCUACAAGAAGAGCAAAUCAAACCAUCACGGUGGCUGUACCCAUGGAGAUGACUCAGGUGCAAAUAUUACCAGUCAGCGAGAGAAAAGCAUUUAUGCCCAGAAGAAAGUCGAUGACCACAGGAAGAGGUAUGAUGUCCUUUUGCAAUCCUGAAAAUAUUGAAGCCGAUAACUUCUCAAACUCUGAUGAAAUGGAAAUGACACGAUGUCAGACCAUUGUGCUUGAGGCCGAAAACUACGAAAGGUGCAAACCUUUGGAUACAUCAAGAAACACUCUGAACAUUGCUUCCUCCAGACCUGAUGUUGACUGUAUGGAAAUGACCCAAGCGUUUACUGGCAAUAUCAUGUUAAAGAGUCGUAUUACCGUUGAGGAAAGGAAGACUGAAGGAAACUUAUUUUCUACAGCACAAAGUUGUCAAAUGCAGGAUUGGUCUGCAUCAGGAUUGCAUCAGGCCAGUACUUCAGAUCUAGCAGUGCCCUGUGUAGAUGAUGGAAUGGAGUUUACAAAUUGCAAUACGAUUGCGAUUGACACAUUGGCAGACACUGACACAAAUAUCAAAGAAAUUGAAAGUGCAGCAUCUAGGUCAAGUGGAGAACAAAAUGAGAUUGCUGCAAAGAGUAUUAACCAAGAUGCCCAUCACUCAAACCAUAUCCCAUUCAAUCUGCAGUCAGAUCUGGAUACCAACCUCAGUAAAAUGGAUGAAAAUGACAAAAUGGCACGAUCAAGCAGGAUAAUGACCACAGAGUCUGUUGGCGAAGACGAUGACAUGCAGGUGACAAAAGUCAUCACAAUGCCUUUUGAAACACAGGACAGUGUUAGAUUGAACCAGACUGAAGUGGCAAAUAAAGAGAACUUCUCUGGCAUCAGAACGGAGGAAAAAUUAAUGGAGGGUAUUUGGCCUACGAAGGAACAAAGUGAAAACUCAGUCCAACUAGAACUUUCCUCAACAUCUGACUCUUUCAUUAAAGAAGACCUACAACAUAGAAAAUCAAGGCGGAGGAGUUUAGCCGAGUUUCAGACGGAGCUUCAAAAUAUGUCACGGCGUAUAAACAAAGAAGAGUUCAUAAAGGGAGCAACGGCACCUUUGCCCUCAUGUUCCCUUCCAGAGGUUUCCCCUAAAGAGCAAUGUGAAACGGCCAUGUCCGUAGAGCCAGGUUUGAAUGUUACACCUAACGUUAAACGUGGAAGUGAGAAGGCCACACCUUUCAGCCUCAAAAAUAAGCCUUUUUCAUCGAGGAUUUCAUUCUGUGGCAUUGUGCCGAAACUUACCAAGAGAAGUGCGGCUGUAACUCCAAACAAGACCGUAACCAUAAGCACUCCCAGUUUACCACAUUUUCCACUGGAGAAACAUUUGGAUGUCGAGCAGAACAGCAGCUGCGUAUCAGCCAACAUCAAUGAAGAGGAGUUACCUGAGAUGAGCAGCGAGGAAGAUUUUUCGGGAAGUAUUGAAAAUUGGCCGAUUCACAAAGAAGAUGAACAAGUUGAUUUUAUGGAUGCUCUUAAAAAUGUGGAGCCCUUAGAGGACGAUGUCUUCGAACUAAACGAGGACACGAGCCAAAGUUUAAAAAGGCCGUAUCCGGAGGAAACAAGUGUUACAGCAGAACGUACCAAGAAAGCCUGCAUCUCUGACACGGGGCCUGACUGUCAUGAAGGUGGUGUACAGUGGGAAGGUAAUUUUACAAGCCAUGUCGCUCAGAAUCCCAGUGCAAAGAUGAUAGAAGAUACAGGAGUCUCUGAAUCCACUCUCAGAUACUCCCAGUGUGAUUCUCAUAUAGAUGGGACAAUGGAUUACGAAUUUGAUUUCAACAAGAAACUUGAGGAUGGAAGCAUCACCGUGAAUGAGUUCUUGAGCCACUUUGGUAUCAACUUCGUCAUCCACAGAUCCAGACCAAGUGCUCUUCCAGACAUUCGUAGAGCCGGAGAGACUCGCACCAUGGAAGAUUUGCUCAAGGAGAAAUACAUACACCACCCAAAGCAGAUAGUGUAUGAGCAUGAUUGUAAAGAGCUUACAGAUAUAGUGGAAAGACUUAAAGAACGAACCCCUGAACAAGAAAAGUCCCUGAGAUGCAUCAACGAAGCCCUUUUUCAAGAGAUAUGUAGUCUCUCCAAAGAGCAGUUAAAAAACUUUGGCUCCGAGUUGAAAGCGCGGAGAGUCUACUUUGGAAAAAGAAGCAAAGCACUUUCUCAUGAAAUGAAGGGAGUUCUGUACUCCAAACUUAUAAAAACAACACAGGAUGCAAAACAACAACUGACGGCUAAAAUUAAGGAGACGGAUGAAAUGAUCGAUGAGCUGGAUGGAUGCAUUAAUGAUUUAGAGAGAGAACUUGCAGCUGUAGAUGCUAUGAUUAGUGAAAACCAUCACAACUCUAACCAAACCAGACCAGCCUUAAAAGCAAAGGAAGAUGAUUUACACAAGCUAAAUUCAGCAUUGAAUGAGACAGAGAGUGAAAUUGAUCAGCUACAGAUUCAGCAGAGGACCUUAGAGGGCCAAGAGGAGAAGCUUCGAGAGGAAUGCAGUGGUUUUAAGAGUCAUCUCGCAACUUUGAACAGUUUGAAUGAGUGGCGUCUGGAGAAGACGGAUGAAAGGGGAGCUUUGUUUACUUUCCUUCACAACACCGUGCACCUGCAGGUGAAGCUACAGACACCUGCUGGGAAUGAAUGGAUGACUGAGGGUGUAGAGCAGAAUAUGGAUGUGUCCCUUAGUUUCCAGCUAAAUGUGGAUAAGUCUGAGUGUCAUGCAAGCAUGGUUCACAAAUUGCUCGCACUGCACGAGAAGUCGCAAACUCAAUGGAUGCAAAAGUACCCCACAACCCGACAUAUACCAGAGCUACUUCAUGAUGUCAGUUUGGUGGUGGGACGUCUUAGACUCUUGGGUGAGGAGAUCCAUCGGCUGAAGAAGUGGGGAGGACUGAGGCUUUGCAUUCGACAGAUCACUUGUGUGGACACAAAAGUUCAAAUCAUCUUCUCAAGUCUGAAAGCGUUUGAAAAGUUUGAGUUAAGUCUGAUGGUCACCCCUGACUACCCCUUUGGACCACUACAAAUUCAGGACUUCAGAAAUCACAUUGGAAACACCAGGUUGGGUCAAAUAGAAGACAUCGUAUCGUCUGUCAAACCGGACAAGAACUAUCUGACAAAUAUCCUGAAGAAGAUCCACAGUGACCUCCUGACCUAGACUCUUAAAUCUUUUGUAUUUACUCUCUACACUUCUGCUCAUUUACAUGUUUGUAUAUAUUUGUGUUCGUAUGAUUUAAUUUCAUUAAAAUUGAAAAGCACAUACA